CCAUUUCAAAUAUCUCACAGUGUUGGUAGUAUCAGCAAUGGGAAGAGAGAAUACAGUAGAGGAAGCCCUAAAUCUACUCCGAAGCAGACUCUGUAACCCUAGCUUCGUCUUCAAGCCUCUCUCCGAUUCUCCAGACAGCAACUACAGCAAAUUGAAGUUCAUUAUAUCCAGUUCGGUCACCGAGGCAUGCAACAACUCGAUCUUGCUUCUGGGUCCUCGUGGUUCUGGAAAAAUCGCGGUGUUGGAGCUUGUUCUCAAAGACUUAUUGCUGGAAUUUCCUGAUUUGAUUUCAGUUAUCAAGUUAAGUGGACUGUUGCACAGUGAUGACAACUGCGCUUUCAAGGAAAUUUCUAGACAGUUAUGUGCAGAGCAUCAAUUAUUGUUCUCAAAAAUGGCAUCAUUUGAUGACAACUCCCAGUUCAUGAUAGCCAUGUUAAGGGAGUGUGGAUUAGCGCAUAAAACCAUUAUUUUUGUGCUGGAUGAGUUUGACCUUUUUGCUCAGGGAAAACAACGAGUACUUUACAGUUUGCUAGAUGCAAUGCAAUCAGUAACAUCACAAGCUGUUGUCAUUGGUGUGAGUUGUAGACUGGAUGCUGAUCAGCUUUUGGAAAAAAGAGUGAGAUCUCGCUUUUCACAUAGAAAGCUGCUGUUUCUUCCUCCCUCUAAGGAAGAUUUACAGAGAUUGUUGGAGCACAUUUUAUCAUUGCCAGUAGACUCAACCAUUUCUCAUGACUAUGCUGUUGAAUUUAAUGCUAAGCUUCAAAACAUUUUAGCAGAUGAGAAAUUCAAACAAAUUAUUACUACGUAUAUGGAUUCUGAUGCCACUGUCAACCACUUACUGAGGUUUCUAUUCCGCUCUGUUUCUUAUAUGGAUUUGGGAUCUGGAUUCCUAUCACUUGAGAAUUUCAAAACUGCACUUUCAAAUAUCCAAAGGCAGCCAAAGCUGGAGUGUAUUAAAGAUUGCUCCAUCUUGGAAUUACAUAUUCUGGUAUGCAUGAAGAGAUUGGAGGUUAAAGAGCAAAAUUCAUACAACUUCAAUUCCGUAAUGAAAGAGUACAAAAGCAUACGUGCUUCAUUCCAGAUGUCUGAGUAUUAUGCAUGGAACAUAUGCUUACGGGCAUUUGAACACCUUCUGCAACGGGAAUUAAUCUGUUUUACAGACAAUAGAGGACAAAAUCAAUCUGUUGAAUUUCGUCCAGCAAAGCUUUUAAUCUCAUCCCAUGAACUACAACAGGGACUAAAAUCAUAUCGCUCCUGUCCUGCGAUUCUUCUUAAGCUAAUGGAUCGUGAAGUUUAAUACAGUUGAGGGACAGACCCAUCACUGCUUGAUUGCCUCGUAUGUGUGAUGACCAGAGAAAAUGUGGAUUCUAUAGUCAGCAGUAAUUCCUUUUGACGAAAAUUCCACUAUAUAUUUUUGGGAUAGGUGAAAUUCUUUUUCACAGGCCUGCUGCUUUUAACUAAGAUGCAUCUCGAUGGAGAUUUCCCCCCCACAUUGUGAUUCAAUGUAAUUGUUACUGCAUAUGAUUAAAUUUAAUGAUUUCAUAACUUCAUUUUCCUUCA